GCCCAAUUAGACUACAUACCCCACAGAGCUUCGGGAAGUCGGUUGCCUGGUAUUAGCAAGCGGGAAGUAUGGCGACGGCGGCGCGGAACGACGCGGCUUUACCACCAGGAGAAGGUGCAGUGGUUGAUUGGUCAGGCCAAGGAUUACAGAAAUUGGGUCCAAAUUUGUCCUGUGAUGCAGACACACAUACUUUGAUUCUUGAUAAAAAUCAGAUUAUUAAAUUGGAAAAUCUUGAGAAGUGCCGAAGACUAGUACAGUUGUCAGUUGCCAAUAAUCGACUGGUUCGGAUGAUGGGUGUGGCCAAACUGACUCAGCUCCGGGUGCUUAACCUGCCUCAUAAUAGUAUUGGCUAUGUGGAGGGGCUAAAGGAGCUAGGGCAAUUGGAAUGGCUGAAUUUGGCAGGAAAUAAUCUGAAGGCCAUAGACCAGAUCAGUAACUGCACAGCUCUACAGCACCUUGAUUUAUCAGAUAAUAAUAUAUCCCAAAUAGGUGAUAUUUCUAAACUAAUAGCUCUGAAGACUCUCCUACUACAUGGAAAUAUCAUCACCUCUCUUAGAAUGGCUCCAGCUUGUCUACCUCGAAGCCUUGCUAUCCUUUCACUGGCAGAGAAUGAAAUACGAGACCUAAAUGAGAUUUCUUUCUUGGCAUCCCUUUCUGAGUUGGAACAGUUGUCAAUCAUGAACAAUCCCUGUGUGAUGGCCACACCUUCCAUUCCAGGCUUUGACUAUCGGCCGUACGUUGUCAGCUGGUGCUUAAACCUCAAAGUCCUAGAUGGAUAUGUGAUUUCUCAAAAGGAAAGUUUGAAGGCUGAAUGGCUUUACAGUCAAGGCAAAGGAAGGUCAUAUCGACCUGGUCAACACAUCCAGCUGGUCCAGUAUCUGGCAACUGUUUGUCCUCUUACUUCUACUCUGGGCCUUCAAACUGCAGAGGAUGCCAAACUGGAGAAGAUACUGAGCAAACAGAGGCUUCACCAGAGGCAGUUGAUGUGCCAAAACCAAAAUGAAGAAUCUUCAUCUUCAACUGCUAGUGAAACAGAGGUAGCCAUUGCACCUGAGCACUCAGAUCCAGCUCCAGGGGGCCAAAUAGUCCUGGAAAGUGAACCUGUCAUUCAAGUAAAUUCUUGGGUUGGGAUAAGUGCCCAUGAGGAUCACUUAUAUGCUGUUAAGAGUAACCUGGCAGCCUCAGUACGGACUGCAAGGUUUUCUCGAAAUGACCUACAUCUAGAAGACAUACAGACAGAUGAAGACAAGCUGAACUGUAGUCUUCUUUCUUCAGAGUCUACUUUUAUGCCUGUUGCCUCGGGAUUAUCCCCAGUAUCUCCUACUAUUGAACUGAGAUUACAUGGUAUAAACUUGGAUCUGGAAGAUGAUGAAACUGUGAUUGAGUCACUGAAAGAAAUGAAAAAACAGGAUGUGGACAAGGAAGUAGAAAAGACUUUGUGGAUUUCGAAAGAGAGUUCUGUUAAACCAGCAAAUGAUGAGGGAAACCCAGAGACCAGUGACAGAGAUGGAAUAUUGCUCUGCCCUGAGCUGGCUACAGCAAGUGAUGUCUCCAGAGAUGGUGUUAGUCAUUCCCCCACAGCUUUUCUUGGGACAUGUGGAUUCAGGCUUUCUAGUGCACAGCUUGUUAAUGAAGGUACAUUGUCUCAGAUCAUUUCAGAAAAAAUUCCCUGCAGGCUUCUCCCUGAGAGAUCUGUUGCUUUGGACAAAGAUUCCACCACACUUCAAAAAAUGAAUGAUGCAGCCACCAAGCUCCAGGCCUGCUGGAGGGGAUUUUACAUCAGGAACUACCAUCCUCGAGCCAAAGAAGUGCGCUAUGAAAUACGGCUGAGGAGGAUGCAAGAGCACAUUGUUUACUUAACAGAUGAAAUAAGGAGAUUGAAAAAAGAAAGAGAUGAAGAGCAUAUUCAAAAGCUUCUGCAAGAAGAGGCUGUCAGAUUCCUUUGGAACCAGGUGAGAUCACUACAAGACUGGCAGCAGACAGUGAACCAGCACCUCAGUUCUGCCUGGCAAUCCAGUGCUCCUGUAUCCAGUACUCUGUUGUCCUGCCAGUCUUCUCCAUUAUUUAUCUCGUGUCAGGAGCCCUCUUUGGCCAAUGCUUCUCACUGGUUUAUUUCAGAUGCUGAAGCUCCCCAGGAGAAAGUCUUAUCUGAAUUCCCAGACUCUGGCUUUCACUCCUCCCUUGCAGAACAAGCUCACUUGCAGUAUUCAUUUGAUUCUGAAAAGAGUUCCAUGGGAGGAAGUGAGAGUUCUUUAAUGGGGAAUUCCUUAGAAACAGUUAGAUAUUUCAAAAAUACAGAUACAGGGGAUACCAGUGAAGAUCACAAUGAAUGGAAUAAAGAUAGCUCUAAUAAUGAACAGGAUAAUAGUCUUCUUGAACAGUAUUUAACUUCAGUUCAGCAGCUAGAAGAUGCUGAUGAGAGGACCAGUCUUGAGGAUGGCAUAGAAGAUGGUAGCCUUCAAAUUACUUCGGCCCCAUGUUCAUGUUCCUUGUCUGACUCAGCUGCUGCUGCUAAUAUAGCUGAUAACAAAGCUGCUCCUUUGCAAGAUGAAACCAGUCAGACACCAGACACUUGUAAAUCAAAUGCAGAAGUUCAAGGUCAUCAAUCAGAAUGCGACUCUGCAUUUCAGGUGCUGCCUGUUGGUAUUGCUGUGUAGUUGUAUCUGGUGCCAUGGAAAACUGAGAAAUUAUUUAAUUCUUCCUAAUUUUCACUUGUCCUUAUAUUUUCUUUCAGGUAUGUUUUAAAAAAAAAACUUCAUAAUUUAUAUAGAAUUUAUAUUCUCAUCUCUUGUUUUCCAGAUUUCAAAUGUCAUAUUGAGGCUUCCUUUUGACAGCAUUUUGCUAAUCUUGUGCAUUCAAAUACUCAGCUAUACGAUGCUGAAUAAUAUUUAUAUUGAAAGCUGUAUGCACUUUAUUUCUUAAUAAUUGAACUGUUUCAAAAUAGCUUUUUCUUCUGUGAAUUGUACUAAGAUUAUGUUUUCCUCCAAAGAGAAUUAAACUAAAGCAUCUUCAAAUUUAGGAAAUUUUAUCUAAAUGGUUAUUGCAUUAUUUUAGAGAACUAAUGUUCUUUUUUGGUUAAUGUGGAAAAUAAUUAUGUAAUACAUUCUAUAUAAAAAGAAAUCCAGUGCAAUGAACCAGUUAUGUACAGGACAGUGAAUUGUUGGGAGGGGAACAAAAGCCGGCUGCUUGGCCUUCUGACUUGCAGCAGGAAGAUUCCAGCCUUGUUUUGUUUUUUCUGCUUUUGAGUCAGGGGAAAAAACUUCGCAGGCAUAUCCAAUAGGACACGAUGAAACUGCAGAAAUUCUUCAGUAAAGAUGAUUAAUUGCCUUAAGAAACAGAUCUUUAGUGAGUAUCAAAGUAUCUUUAAAAGAAUGGGAUCUUCACCAGUGAAGUGUUUCAUCCAACCCUGUAGCUCGGCUUACUUAAAGGAAGCAAUAAUUGAAACCCUUCUCUCACAUGGGAGAAAGCAAGCACAAAGGUCAUUCCAUUUGUUAAUAAUACCACUGUAUGUGUUCUUAUUCUUUGAUUUAAAAACAUACUAGAAUGAGGUUUAUUUUUAGUUUUAAGCACUCUUGACCUGUUUCCCAAUUGUGUACCUUUUUCAAUAUUUUAAAUAAUAGCUCCUAUUUAUAUGGCCCUUUACAACGUACUUUUUUUACAUUAAUCCUGUUUUUUAAUUUUGUUUUUUUAUCUCCAGCAUAGUGCCUUGCAUAUAGUAGGGAGUUAGUAAAUGCUGGUUGGAUUUGGAGAUAGCAAAAAUAUUAUUAAAGCCAUUUUAUUUUAUUUUAUUUUAUUUUAUUUGUAAAUACUUGAUUAAUAUUACUGACACUUCAUUCUUGCUCCCUCAUCCCCUAGCAUAACUCUUUCUUGUAACAAAUAAA